CGGCCGGCGAGCUCGCGGGGCAGAGCGGGGCAAGUCGGAGCGCCAGCGCGUCGCCAGAGCCCGCACCGCACCGCGCCGCACGCACGCACGCACGGCGGAGGCUUGCAGGCGACAUUAUGAGCUCCCCAGGAGGCACCCCUGCCACGGAGGUGGACAUGAAGGAUGUGGAGCUGAACGAGAUGGACAUGGAGAAGCAGCCCAUGAACGCCUCGUCCCCCCUGGCCGGCUCCCCUGGCGAGAAGAACGGGGUGGUGAAGGUGAAGGUGGCCGAGGAAGAGGAGGAAGGGGGCGAAGCCACGGCCAAGUUCACCGGCCUCUCCAAGGAAGAGCUGCUGCAGGUGGCCAGCACCCCCGGGUGGGUGCGCACCCGCUGGGCCCUCCUGAUCCUCUUCUGGCUGGGCUGGCUGGGCAUGCUAGCGGGGGCCAUCGUCAUCAUCGUGCAGGCCCCCCGCUGCAAGGACCUCCCCAAGCAGGAGUGGUGGCAGAAAGGGGGCAUGUACCGCAUCCCGAAGGUGGAGGCGUUCCAGGACUCUGCAAGCGACGGCGUGGGCGACCUGGCAGGUCUGAAACUGCAGAUGGAUUACUUAAGUUCGCUCAAAGUGAAAGGUUUGGUGAUCGGCCCACUUCACGUCAACCCUGCAGAUGACCAGGCCGGAACUGACCUGCGAGCUGUCGAUGCCGACCUGGGCACGCUGGCCGAUUUCCAGGAUGUCCUGCGGGCGGCCAAGAAGAAGGGCCUGAAGGUGGUCUUGGACCUGACGCCCAACUAUCAAGGCCAGUCCCCUUGGUUUAAUCAAAGCAUUCUUAGCAACACGGACCUCCAGAACAAAAUGAAGGAAGCCAUUGAUUUCUGGCUGAAGGAGGGGGUAUCCGGGAUCCAGAUUGGAAGUAUCGAGCUUCUAAACGAUUCCCAGAUCCUCAGUGACUGGAAGAAUCUGACUAAACAGCACAGCACUGACGACCAUGUCAGGGUACUGAUUGCAUCCACACAUGAGCAAGACACCAAAGGCAUAUUCUCUCUGCUCAAUGAGACCAUCGGCCCAGAUCUUCUGACCAGCCCGUACCUUCAGGGGCUGGUGAAAAACGACCAAGAUAAGGCCUCACGAGGGGCCGCUGCUGGUCUCAUGAUCUCCCAGUACAUUCAAGAAGCUGGGGACAAAUGGUCCGGCUGGAGUGUGGGGAGACCCGAUGUCGGGCAUUUGGCCAACUCGAUGGGCGAGCACCUCCUUCGCUUGUAUCACCUGCUCCUCUACACGCUCCCUGGGACGCCCUUCACAGACUACGGCGAUGAGAUCGGCCUACGGGACUUGCCGGGCAAGCCUGCCGCAUCCAGUCUCAUCCGCAUGCAGUGGGACAACACAGCCAACUUCGGCUUCUCGAAAGGGGCGCAGCAGCCGCAGACGAACAAAACGGCCAGCGACGUCACGGUGCAGACGCAGCGGGGCAACAAGGCCUCAGUCUUGGCGUUCUUCCAGCAGCUGAGUGAACUGCGGGGCAAGGAGCGCUCCCUCCUCCACGGGGACUUUUACUUAGCCCAGAGCACGAACCCAGCCGUCCUGGCAUACCUGCGUGUUUGGGACCAGAACAUGCGCUUCCUGGUGGUGCUCAACUGGGCGCCCACGGAGAGCAUCGUCACCCUGACGCACCCUCACCUCCCAGACACUCUCGCCGUGGAGCUCAGCACGCAUCCAGAGCGGGAGAAGCAGCAGCUGGGCCUCCAGGACCUCCGGCUGGGUCCCUCGGAAGGGCUGAUGCUCAGCUUCAUGUACGUGGCCUAGCGUCUCUCCAGACCUCCCCCAUCCCUGUGCGGCUGUGCUGGGGGACAGAGAAUGGAGGCGGUCCCAGAGUGCCUCGAAGGAAGCCAUCUUAGCACCCAUCUUUCCCUCUCCCCUUCCGUCAUCCUGACCUCACUUGUGUCCAUUUCCUUUUUGCCCUUGGCUUCCUUGUUUCUUCACUCUUUCAUACAUUCCUUGACCUGCCGGUAUGUGGGGAAAGAGGCUCCCCAGCAGGGGAGGGGAACCCACGGCCCUCCAGACGUUGCUAGGUUGUCACUUUGUUUAUUAGGGGCCGCAGACUGUGUAGGCUGGGGCUGAUGGGGCUUGGGAGCCCAAGAACACCUGGAGAGCCAGAGCUUCCCCUCACUCCUGCACUGGUAACAGAAAUGUCCCACCUCGCCCCAAGAAAACAUUCUAAUGCGUUAUGUAUGUGUGGAUUUGGGGUAUAUGUGUGUAUGUGUUUUUUUUAAUAACAACUGGGCAAAUGUUCUGCUCAGAGCUGAUGCUCAAGCUGACUGGGCUUCUACAAAAUCCACACGACAUGCCCUUCUCGGCCUUUGUACCAACCCAGUCAGAACGGGGUUCGCUGCAGGGGUGCUUUGAGUGUGAGUUUCGUUCACUGAUACCAGCUCCCCACACCCCACCGUCCUCCCCCACCUGGUGCCCCUCCAGAUGAGCUGGGCUACAAACCCCAUCAAGCCACACGGAGGUUGCAGCCCAACUCUUCGGGGGGGGGGGGCAUCAGGCUGAGGGGGAUGGGGGGGUGUCCAAUACUGUUGAAGACUCAUGGAGCAAAUUCAAUAAAUGUGCCCCUUCCCCUCUCUCUCUC